UGCGCAUGAGUAAGUAAAACCAGAUAACCUCAGAGAUGCAAAGAUAAUUUCUGUAAAAUAUGGAAGGAAUGAAAACCUAUAGAUGAGAUGAAACGAGAUGGUUGAAAGUGGAACCUUAGCAGUUGAUAGUAAACAGUUGGUAAUUGCGGUAAAUUGCAGGAAAUUCUCUAAUUAACUUGUUAUGGAGUUACGCGAAAUGAAUCGUACUUUUGAUGCAGAAGAAACUACAGAACUUUUAUCGCCAUCUCAUCGCGAUAACAUGGAAAUUGAAAGUUAUUUUAUCGGAUACGCUAUUCAAAAAGAAAUAAUAAAUCGCAAUCGAUGUCCUGCAAGUCGCCGUUUACUUAGUCAAACGGCUCAUUUAGCGGAUUUUAAUCUUACUAAUGGUAAUCAGAAGGAUAUUGGUAUUAGUAUGAUUCAUACUUCGAAUGCAAAUUGGCCACCUUCUAGAAAAAGAGAAGAAGCAAAAGCAUUGGAAAAUCUUAGAAAAAGAGUGGAACAAUCGAAAUUAUACAAAACAAAUCGAAUUUCAGAUACUUGUGGAUCAAUUUCUGUUUCUUCGGUUUUGAAUAAUGAUCAAAUUCAACAGCUUGGUAAUCGACCGAAAUUAUUAAAAAAGAUUCUGAGUAACAGGCCAAUGAGUAUCGCACAUGAUAGUAAUGAUUUGGAGACUAAGUGGCGAGAUAGCGAAUUUAUAACGGAAUGUUUAUGUUGGCAUAAUGUUUAUCGGCAAAGACAUAAUGCACCACCUUUAACAAUAUUGUCGCAGUUGUGUGAGUACGCGCAAACAUGGGCCAAUCAUUUAGCGCAUACGAACACAUUUUAUUAUAGAAAUGAUCGAGAAGUAGGACAAAAUCUAUACUGUCGACCUGGUGGUGCUAUUCCUUCUGAUGUAACUGGACAAGAUGUUACAUCAUAUUGGUAUUCAGCGGUAAAGCAAUAUGAUUUUUUAAAGGAACCAGAUAUUCUCCAUGCUAAUGUAAAUGCAGGUCAUUUUACGCAAUUAAUUUGGACAAAUAGUCGUUAUUUUGGAGUUGGAAAAGCUCGCAGUAGAAGCGGAAAAAUCAUCGUAGUAGCUAAUUAUCAACCAGUUGGUAAUAUAUCUGGUCAGUUCCAAAAUAAUGUAUUACCUCCUUUACCUGAAAAUGUAAAUAUCGCUUUAUCGUCUCAACGACAAUUAUUUCCAAAAGUUUUUCGCGAACAUUAUGUUGCAUCCGAUUUACCACCUCUAGCAUCAUCUUCGAUACCGCUUUCGAAUAGGAUAUCAACAGAUAGUAAUCGUUCUUCCAUUAGUUCUACGCAAUAAUAUAGACGUCCAAAUUGUUUUUUUUGCGUUUGUACACGUGGAUGGGAUGAGCGAUAAUCAAAUUUAAUAAUUUAAUAUUUUCUUUUUCUUAUUUUAUUCAAGUUGAUUAAAACAGUAAAAAUUUAUGUAACAUAAUAAUAAAUACAAAACAAAAGAGAACUAAAAUAUGUUUGCAAAAAUGCAAAUAGUUAUGAAAUAGAAUAAAAUAUAUCUAAAAUCUAAAUUAAUAACUAUUUCAUCGUUUAUAGCAAUAUUUAUUUAUCUUGUUCACUUAUUCGAGAAAUGAAAGGAAAAUAACAUAAAAAAAGAAAAAAUGUCUUAAAUUGUUUUUUUUUUUUAAUUUAUUUUAAGAUAACUAAUAUAUAGUGUUAGCCAUAUAUGAAUGCCUAAGUAUCUUGACUGAUUCAUAUAAAAAUUGGCAAAAUCUGAUAUUUGAUAAAUAUCAAUGGUAACAGAUAAAAAAAAAUAAUUAUUUAGAAAAC